AGCAGUUGCCCCGUCAACAUGUUUACUCGGGUAACUUGGUGGUGCAACAAAGCCACACUUGAGACUUGACUCCCCAUAGUCCUUCCACUCUUUGGUCUUGAAGCGACUAAGUUUAAACUUGCCGCAAACAAACAACUCAAAACCGAGUCAACACAAGCAAAGGAGCUCUACCAGACAAGAAAUCAUCUUUCAAAGGAUCCUUUUAGCCCCAAACAUCUCAACUCAACUCAAUUAGGCCCAUAAUCGUCUUCCUCUUCGUCCUUAUCUCGUCCUCGCCCUCCUCCACAUCACUCCUCUCCCCCGUUUGCUCCAUCGCAUUAAACGCUCGAUUGCUUUGUCUCUCUUCCACCCCGCACCAUCAGGAGCACUAUACAGCCGAACAUUAUUCAUUCUUCAGAAGCGCAUUCUUAAGGCGAUCUCUACCAAAGGCCAAGCAAUCCUCAAAAAGACACGCGCUUGAGCCUGCACUCCCGACCCUGCAGCACAGCCUUGCGCCCAAGCAUGGCAUCGUCGCAUCAGUAUCAUACUUCGUACUUUGACACCAACGAGCAGAUCCGACGUCAACAGCGCACGCGCUCCAGUGAGGGUACCGUCAGCACCACUAUGAGCUCGUCGACGGGCCGCGAGUCGGCAGCGACUCACGUCACAGAAGCGCCCACCUUUUCCAAGAAGAUUGUUGUUGUCGGUGAUGGUGGUUGCGGCAAGACCUGCUUGCUCAUUAGCUACAGCCAAGGUUACUUCCCAGAGAAAUAUGUGCCUACUGUCUUUGAAAACUACAUCACCUAUCCUAUCCACUCAGCCACUGGUAAGACUGUGGAACUUGCAUUGUGGGAUACAGCCGGCCAAGAGGAAUAUGACCGUCUCCGACCGCUUUCAUACCCUGAGACCGACUUGAUCUUUGUAUGCUUUGCUAUCGACUGUCCGAACUCGCUAGACAACGUCCUUGAUAAGUGGUACCCCGAGGUUCUACACUUCUGCCCAUACACUCCUCUGGUUCUUGUGGGUCUCAAGUCAGAUCUUCGCUACAAGAAGACUUGCAUUGAUAUGCUCAAGACGCAAGGUCUUACUCCAGUCACUACGGAGCAAGGCAUGGCCGUUGCUAAGAAGAUGAACGCGCAGUACAUGGAGUGCAGUAGCAAGGAAAUGUCAGGCGUCGACGAGAUUUUUGAGCAGGCUAUCAACACUGUCGUCGCUAAUGACCGGAAAACCAUCGAGGCGGCAGCAGCCUCAGGUUCUUCCAAGGAGAGCAAGUCAUCAACACCUGGGGUGGGACAGAUUAAGAGGAAGAAGAGAAGGUGUCCAAUCCUCUAAAGGCGCUCACAGCCAGAGAUGGAUGAAAGAUUGUUUUCUUGGAUUGAGGAACUUUUCUACUCAUCAUUGUCUUGCAAAGCCUCCCUUGUCAUCUUCUCCUGGGGAGGGGAGGCCAGGAGGGCCACAUAAAGAAAAGGCAGCUCGAUGGGCCAGCAUUAAAAGAGUUGUAAUGACCAUCGCAUGAACAUUGUUUCUUAUAACGAUUCACAUUUACGUUAUUUCUUUACCUUCAUUGCUGUUUUAACACUGAUAAAGGAACUCACUCGUGGUAGGUAAACAGGCCCAGAGAGAGGACAUCGCAGGCGUUCACCUACACAAGAGAUGUAUCUCGGAGGGAUAGGGGACAUAGUUCGGGAUCGAAAGUAUGGCAUGGCAUGGGAGGAAGCGCGCACAUUUGUAUUUGCUUUUUUUAUAUAUCUGAAAGUGACUUAUGAGAUAGGGGAGCAACUAGAGUUGCAGGCUGUUUUUUAUAUGUAUCCUACCGUUGGCACCAGGCAAGUUGAGGUGCCGGGUGUUUUGAUGGCCUUCCUUUUGUUAGUGUUUUGGCGCGCGGUUGUACUGAGUUGAUAGGAUUGCUGGAAUCAAAGUUUACAACUAAAUGAGUGUGUUGCCUUGGCUGUGAUGUAUGUUAUUGAUGACUCCUG